UUGGCAUACAGAUACGCUCUUGCAGCAAGUAUUAUUAAAUUGCCAUUUCAAAAACAACAGUGAAACGUAAUACAUUUGCUUUCACCGACUUCCUGUGUCUCCUGUUCCUUCAGUGACACAGGAGGUGAGUGCUGUGAUGUGUGCAGAAAUCACGUGGAAGAAAAUGCAUGAAGACUUGGGAAAGGAGUGUUCGCAGGAUGAGAGCACAGCCGCAGCCAUCUUCACUGUCCAGAUGGACGACUACCUAGGGGGCAAGCCGGUGCAGAGCAGGGAGCUCCAGGGCUUCGAGACCACAGACUUCGUGGGCUACUUCAAGGGAGGUCUGAAGUACAAGGCUGGAGGUGUGGCGUCGGGACUCAACCACGUUCUCACCAACGACCUCUCGGCCCAGAGGCUUCUGCAUGUGAAGGGGCGCAGAGUGGUCAGGGCCACUGAAGUUCCCCUCAGCUGGGACAGUUUCAACAAGGGCGACUGCUUCAUCGUAGACCUCGGCUCGGAAAUUUACCAGUGGUGCGGUUCCUCAUGCAACAAAUAUGAGCGUCUGAAAGCAAGCCAGGUUGCCAUUGGCAUUCGAGACAACGAGAGGAAAGGAAGAUCUCAGCUCACUGUGGUGGAAGAAGGAAGUGAACCUUCAGAGCUUAUUCAGGUUUUAGGGGAAAAGCCAGCGCUUCGAGAUGGAGACGGUGACGAUGACGCCAUAGCGGACAUCAGUAACAGGAAGAUGGCAAAGCUGUACAUGGUUUCAGAUGCAAGUGGCUCCAUGAAAGUGACUGUAGUGGCCGAAGAAAACCCCUUCACAAUGGCGAUGCUGCUUUCUGAAGAGUGCUUUAUUUUGGACCAUGGUGCUGCGAAACAAAUUUUUGUGUGGAAAGGUAAAGAUGCUAAUUCUGAGGAGAGGAAGGCUUCAAUGAAGACAGCAGAGGAAUUUCUACAGCAAAUGAAUUACUCCACCAAUACUCAAAUUCAGGUUCUUCCAGAAGGAGGUGAGACACCAAUCUUCAAACAAUUUUUUAAGGACUGGAAAGAUAAAGAUCAGAGUGAUGGCUUCGGGAAAGUUUAUGUCACAGAGAAAGUGGCUCGAAUAAAACAAGUUCCAUUUGAUGCCUCAAAGUUACACAGUUCUCCGCAGAUGGCAGCCCAGCACAAUAUGGUGGAUGAUGGUUCUGGCAAAGUGGAGAUUUGGCGUGUAGAAUGCAACGGUAGAAUCGAAAUUGAGCCAAGCUCCUAUGGUGAGUUCUACGGUGGUGACUGCUACAUUAUCCUCUACACCUAUCCCAGGGGGCAGAUCAUCUACACAUGGCAGGGGGCAAAUGCCACACGAGAUGAGCUGACCACAUCUGCAUUCCUGACUGUCCAGUUGGAUCGGUCCCUUGGAGGACAGGCUGUGCAGGUCCGAGUCUCCCAAGGCAAAGAGCCUGCUCACCUGCUGAGUUUGUUCAAAGACAAACCACUCAUUAUUUACAAGAAUGGGACAUCAAAGAAAGGCGGACAGGCCCCGGCUCCACCUGUCCGUCUCUUUCAAGUCCGGAGAAACCUGGCGUCUGUCACCAGGAUUGUGGAGGUUGACGUUGAUGCAAAUUCAUUGAAUUCCAAUGAUACUUUUGUCCUGAAACUGCCCCGCAAUGGCGGUUACACCUGGGUAGGAAAAGGUGCCAGCCAGGAGGAGGAGAAGGGAGCAGAGUAUGUGGCAAAUGUCCUGGCGUGCAGCACUGCAAGGAUUCAGGAAGGCGAGGAGCCAGAGGAGUUUUGGACCGCCCUUGGAGGGAAGAAAGACUACCAGACCUCACCACUGCUGGAAACGCAGGCCGAACACCACCCGCCCCGGCUCUACGGCUGCUCCAACAAAACCGGAAGGUUCACUAUUGAGGAGGUUCCGGGAGAGUUCACCCAGGACGACUUAGCAGAGGAUGACGUCAUGUUACUAGAUGCUUGGGAACAGAUAUUUAUUUGGAUUGGCAAAGAUGCCAAUGAAGUUGAGAAAGCAGAGUCCCUGAAGUCUGCAGGGAUGAUAAUGACAUCAUGCAAUGGACUGGAGGUUAUGAAGUUCCUCUGUUAAAAUCCUAAUUCCAAAGUGACAGUCCCUUCUGCUACAUGAAGACACGGAAAAUAAAUGUUGUCUACGAGACCCUCAAGAGACACUGGAUUUGUCUUUGCCUUGACCUUGGACUGCCCAACCUCUAAUAUGGGGAGAAAUAAGUUUGUUGUGUGUAAGCUACCCACUUAUUAUAUUUUAUUAUAGCAGAGCCAAAGGGAUAAAUACAUAUGAUAAUUAUAGUUUGACAAGUCAUUUAGUAGACCAGUUCGAGAGGCAGCUAGAAAUAGAGCUUUAACAAAACUUUUGGAACGAUAUUGACAUGCUUCUUCAGAGAGGCAGGAUCCACUCAUUUUCCUAUAUUGAGUCUCCACUGUUCAGCACAUCCUCUUAUCCCCAUGGGAAAUUAGAAUGCCCUCUUUUGGAUGUGCUUGAACAUCUAAGAACGUUGUGCCUCUGUGCUUGCCAACUCUUGCUUUUACCUUCACUUCUGUCCCCUCACCUCUUGUCUGGUGGUGAGUUCUCCCAAUAUCCAUCUUACACAUGGCAUUUCUCUGUUACAAUACCCUGCCCUGUCAGGCAAAGUUUGAACAAGUAUGGGACUUGAUAGUAACUUUCUAUCUUAUAAUUCAGAAAUCCCACUGAAUAUCAUAGUAAGUAUAUAUGUAUGUAUAUGGCAGCUCCACUAGACUGGUUGCUUCAGCUACAGACCAUUCUAUUUACUCAGGUCUUCCAACUUGGGAAAUUCCAAUAAACAUUCUUUGAAACAAGUAAAGUGAAGCAUCCCCCAAAAGGAAAAGAAACUCACUAUAGAGUGGCAAAAGAUGGAUACUCUAGUUUCUCUGUGUUAUGUAUUAUAUCAGAAAACGGGCUUAUGGAAGAAAAGAGAAUUACAGACAUCAGAUUUGAUCUGGGUUUGGCAUUUAAUUAAAAAUGAAAUUGAAGCCAGUUGCUUGGAAGGAGAAGUCUUACCUGUUUAUUAAGGUAUUCGCUCAAAAUACCUAAUCAUUAAUUACCUGGAAUACAUGUUGGAAAUGUAGAUUGCUGGCCCUUCUGAAGACUCUUUUCCUGGGAGGUCUGAAAUGGUGUCCAGGAACCUAUAUAUUUACAAGACCUACUAAGUGAUUCUCAUUAUCUUGAAAAUGAUUAUUAAAGAUAAAGGUUCACAAAACCCUUAGGGUCUAUAAAACUUUUUUACUGCGUCUCAGGCUAAAAGAAAUGUCUGACAGUUCCAUUUAUUAAGUAAAUACUGUACUCACACAGUUGUAGUUGCU